AUGGGGCUUGCACCUUUUGUGACAAGUUCUGAUCUUCUCCAAAGAUCAUGGAAAGUUAUCCGGGUUCUUAAUGGAGGCAUAGUUUCAAAAGAGGGAAAGGGAGUGUCAUGGUUUCGGUAUGUUAACGAAGAUUCAUGUGUGACGAUUAUAGCAUUUAAGGCCACACAAUAUUCUGUUGUUGAACCGGGUUUGGUUAAAUAUUCUGAUCUCAAGGAGAAGAAGUUAUUCCAUGACUUUGAUUUUCUUCUUCCUGUUGAAAGCAAUCCAAGUUUCUCUGUUAACAACACUGCAGUUUCCCUCUUUAUUGAAAAUCUCACUGAGCUUAAUAAGUUGAAAUCCGAGAUUAAUAGCUCCAAACCAUUGAUUAUUACUGGGCAUGCUCUUGGAGGAUCAGUUGCUACUCUCUUCACUAUAUCACUAUUAGAUAGCAUUGGUUCAGGAAAGAAUCGUCCACUCUGCAUCACCUUUGGUUCACCCCUUAUUGGUGACAAGGGAUUGCAACAAGCUAUAUCUGGUAGUUCUAAUUGGAAUUCUUGCUUUCUACAUGUUGUGUCACACAAAGACCCACUUCCGAGACUCUUCAUUACAAACCAUGAUUCUCAAACCAAUGACUACAUGCCUUUCGGAACAUUUCUCUUGUGUUCUGAUCAAAAUUCUGCUUGUUUUGAGAACCCUGGAUCUGUUUUGAGACAAUUCGAGGUAUUUGCCUCAAAUGAUGGAAAUCAAAGUUCUCAACCUGUUGAUUAUGGUGAGAUAGUGAAAAUACUCAAUGUAAAAUGA